AGGACAUCUCGUGAUCUUUAUGCAUCCUUGUGGAAGGCUUCCUCCAGCGACGGGAACGGGUAGGGCCCAGCCUUAGUGCCAUCAGGUCAGGUGAGCUAAAAAGAUAAAAAAAAUCCCAGUUUCCCAGGCCGGCAAGCCCUCAAAUCGAUUUCAAACCCAAACCCUGCCAACCGCUGCCAAACAAACGCCUUGCACUCCUCUCCCAACCCUGCCGCUCUUAAACCUUCUUCCUUCAUUCCUCCCUCCUCCCCAUCCCAUGGCGCGCUCUGGUUGCUGCCGCGGGUGCCGUCCCGCCCGCUCGUCGACGGCGGCCAUUCUCCUCAUCCUCAUAACCGCCGUCCCGAUCGCCCUCAUCGCCUCCCUGGAGCGCUCCCCCUCCAUCAAGUAUCACAGCCGUGGAUGGAUCCGCGAAUGCGCCAAGUGGGACGCGCUCGGCCGCCGCUUCCUCGUCUCCACCUUGUUCGACGGCGUCGUCGCCGAGAUCCCCGUCCCCGAGGCUGCGGGAGACGGCGCCUUGCAGGAGCGGACGGUGGUCGCCGACGGCGACGUGGCCGGAAACGCGUCACUUGGGAUCGCGGUGGAUCGGGCGAGGCGGCGGCUCCUGGUGGUCUACGCCGAUGCGUUGCGGUUCCGGUUCUCCGCCGUCGCGGCCUACGAGCUGGACUCGUGGGAGCGCCUCUUCCUCACCCAGCUCAGUGGAGCCGGUGAUGAGGAUUCAUUUGCAGAUGAUGUAGCUGUGGAUGAGGAAGGGAAUGCUUAUGUCACUGAUGCACAAGCAAAUAAGAUAUGGAAGGUGGGCUCGAAUGGUGAAUUGCUUUCGGUUAUAAGAAGUGAAGUAUUUGUUCAAAGGAAGGAAUGGUACUACAACUUUGUUGGACUCAAUGGGAUUGUGUACCAUCCCAAUGGAUAUCUGUUAGUUAUUCACACCGCCAGUGGCUAUCUUUUCAAGAUGGAUCCAGUGAAAGAGGAGGCGAGUGUUGUUAAAGUUACUGGCUCACUGCUCAUGGGUGAUGGUAUGAAUUUGCUCUCACCAACUAGACUGGUCAUAGCUGGCUCACUAUCUACUAAACUGGUUGAGAGCUCUGAUGAUUGGAAAACAGCCAAUGUGCUUGAGAAGUAUGUCGGUCCUGUACAUCGGAUUGCCUCAUCAGCAACGGUGAAGGAUGGAAAGGUAUAUAUCAACCAUCUCAUUGGAGGGGGGCUCGCAAAGAGGACACAUGUCAUUGCAGAGGCAGUUUUUAUGAGCGCUAAAUGAGCGUGGUGUUUUCUGGUGUAUAAUUAAUGAUGAAAGGGAAGACCAUGUUUUCAAAUACUGUCGUUAUAAUGGUUGUAAUCUCUCUUUGCCGCUUCACUUAUGAAAAGAAAGGGAAUGAGAAACCUUUUUAGUUGAACAGAUGAAAAGGCAUUCUGCCCUUCAUCUCUUUAAUUACAGGAUGUUAUCGGGGCCAACUGUAUCA